AGAAAUUCAGAACUUCCUGAUUUCGAUCUCAAAGAAAAAUUGGACAGAAAAAAAGUUAACAAAAUUUAUAAUUUCCAUCACCACAUAUCCUAUAGUGAAUCAGUCGUGACGAUUGCGGUAUCUGUGUUUUAUACGUCCUUAAAGAUGUAAUACACAGCUGAAACGGGACCACAGUGUUGUGGUGAUGAGGACAACGACACAGCGCGAUGUUACACCAGUCAUGUACGGUAACCCGACACUUACCCUCCUGGUUGAUAUUGUCCGUUGGACAGUUAAGGUUUGUCGGACAUCUAUUUUGUAAAUAAUCUCCCAGCAGCCCUUGUGGCUGUCACUUUCACCUUUGUGUCUUCCUGAUGUAGGUGUCACUGUUACUAAAGUUAAGAACGUUCAGCGAUAACGCCGUACUGGGAAAUACGUAGACUGGGAUGAAAACUGCUUCAAAAUGAAAAUUAUUUGUGCAAUUCUUGCCCCAUGUGUUGUGUAUUUUAUAUUUGUAAUCUUCUUCGAAUCGGAGAGGGAUCAAAUCACCGAAACAAGAACUGACCAGUCAACUAUGAUCUUUUCCCGGCGGAAGAGACAAUCACCGAGAAACAAUUACACACUGGAGAUCCUUUUCGUCGUGGAUCCUGUGGUCCUAAAUUGGUUUAAAAGUCAAAUUGGGCCAGGAACAGAGGAGCAGAUUUUAGAACAAACAAUCAAUGUAACGAGACUGCAUUAUCUUCGUGUUUUUAAUGGGAUAAAAAUAAGAUUCAUGAAUUCUCCAGAAAUAGAUGUGAAAUUGGAGCUGGUGGACAUCACUUUCACAAAGAAUCUGAGUUUUCCAUUACCUAUCUCUUACACCCCCGACUCUCGAUCUUUGAUCCCCGCCCCAGGUGUCUUAGACGCUUUCAGGGAUUGGAUCAAUACAACAGAACUUCCGGACCAUGAUCACGCUCUGUUUUUUACGGGGUACAAUUUAACAUACGGAGGCUCGGCAUCCUCCACAGGGUUGUCUUAUCCCGAGUCCGUCUGUACGGGGCAGGCGGUGUCUGUGGUGGAAGAAUUUUAUGAUGAGCGGACUGCUGUUUACGCCGCCCAGGAACUGGGAAGAAGCCUUGGAUCUAGACUUGACAUGGAUGGUAACUUCUGUCGAUCCACCAAUCUGAAUAUCAUGUCCACCAAAUUUGUCUUCAACAGUCCGAAGACAUCGAAUCUAUGGAAGUUUUCUCGAUGUUCCAUCGUCUACAUUAAAGCUUUUCUCCGGAAGUUAGACAGCGAUGGAAAGGACUGCGUGAGAACGCUGAAGACUGACGUCAUACAGACCCAAGUACCGCCAACCCCUGAUCCCGAUACACAAUGUAGAACGGCUUUAGGUCUGGAUUCAUUUCUAUGCAGAGCUGUGACUGGAACUGACUACAGCGCCCUCUGUGGCGGAAUGUCCUGUUUCGUGCCGAAGUCUACCACGUGUUCUGACAUACUUCCGCUGGACGGCACUGUUUGUGGAAACUAUUCGGUAUGCCAAGAAGGUCAAUGUGUGGAAUCAAGUGACGGCAGAAACGUUCCGGAGAGUUGCCCGUUUGGUGACCAACCCGUGCUGCCGGACAGUGUAGGAUGUUCGGACAGAAUCUACGGCAGGCCGUUCGAUUGUUACCUGCCAUCGUUCAAUGCUGCCUGCUGUCAGUCGUGUGAGGAAAUCAAAACGGACAUAGGAGAUUGCGAGUACGGGGACAGGAUAGACAGAUGUCAGUACUCAAAGUGUUCAACAUACAACAACUUCACUCGUGAAAACCUCUGUUGCCUGACCUGCAAAAACGGUAAAUCGCCAUAUUCCGCUUCGACUGACGCGCCGUUAUCAACUACGUCAUCGGAUUCUGUUUUCUACGUCACAUCUGAUGAUGCAAAGUCAACACAAAAUGGUACGUCACUCAUACGCACCACAACACCAGUGCCACCCAGUACAACUGAAUCAACUUCAACUACACGAUCCUCAACAAAAACUGUUCCCGCAACAACAGAACCAACUACCCAGUCUGAUUAUGACACUACUUCUGAAUCCAGUCCGGCAGUGACUACUGCCUUCGUUUCCAAGACCACGUCACCAUUUACAACGGACCAAACAACAUCAACAUUCGACGUAUCUUUCACACCAGUUGACACAACUUCGUCGUCAUCAACAGACAGUACUCUUACGUCAUCAGCAGAUAGCACUAGCACUCUGACGUUAUCAACAGAAAAACUUAGCUCUCUGACGUCAUCGGCAGACAGCACUUACACUUUAACGUCAUCAACAAAGAAGAGUAGCACUCUGGCUUCAUCGACAGACAGCUCUAGUUCUCUCUCGUCAUCAAGAGACAUCACUAGUACACUGACGUCAUCGGCAGAUAGCACUUACAUUCUGACGUCAUCAACAGACAGCUCUCUGACGUCAUUGACAGAAGAAUCUAGCACUCUAUCAGCAGGUACCACUGGCACUCUAUCAUCAACAGCAUAUACUAUGACGUCUUCAGCAGACAAAUCUCUCCUAUCAACAAAAACAGACGUUGUUCUUUCAUCUACAUCGACAAAGACAACUAUGUCGGAAUCUACAAGAACCACCACUUCGCUGUAUACUUCCAGAAGAUCAUCUUCCAUUGUUGAGAGCACUACGUUUCCAACUUCUUCUGACGUCACGACGUCAACACCGAUCACCACACCUUCGUCCGGCGGUAGUAGUGAAGUGGAUUCGUGUGGCGAAUCCUCAAGUGCGGAUAGCAGCGAGAAAAAGAGAAAGAAAAUAUGGGAAAAGAAAUUAAAGGAACAAGAAAAAGAGAGAAAAAGGAGAGAAAAGCGAAUGAAGGAUUUAAAGAAAAAAUACGAAAAGUUGCUGAAGCAAUUGAGGAAGUAUCUAGUGUCUCUGCAUUUCCAGCGCUUAUGGUCUUACUAUUACUUUCCUAAUUACAGGAAGUCAUGAUGUGCAUUGCCUGUAUUUAUUGUGUGUUAUUCAAAUUCAUAUCGAUAACCAUAAAUUAAACGUUCACCAAGUCAAA